AUGAGCAAUUCCACCCCCAAUUCGGCAAAAGACUCCGCAACCAAUCCAUCCAAGGACUCAAAGCGGGUGAACAGGAACGAGUUACAGUUAUUUACUGAAUUACCAAUCAAGGUCGAUGUGGGACCCAGUCCCAUAUCCUUCUAUGUACACGAGCGGCUUCUCCGGGACGCCUCACGAUUCUUCGAUGCGGCCAUGAGGGGCGGCUGGAAAGAAUCUACCGAACGAGUUGUUCUAUUGCCAGUGGACGAUCCUGAAGUCUUCAACCUGUUCGUCGGCUGGCUCUACAACCGGAAAUUCCCCACCAAGAACGACGUCGGAAGUGCCGAGGGCAACGAAGAGUACAUGUUGCUGGCGAAGCUCUACGUUCUGGGAGAGAAGCUUCAAGCGACUGCCUUCAAGACCGCAGUCAUCGGCGCUAUCCUCGGAAAGGCCAAAACUAAAGUUCAACCAGGCGGCCACUCCGUGUAUCCAGCGGGCUCGGUUGUUCGUUAUCUGUACGAGAAUACACCGCCGAAAUCUCCUGUGCGACGUCUGUUAGUGGACUUCUACGUUUGGUAUGGGCAAGGGAGCUGGCUUGCGCGGGAUGCUACCGACGCGGGCGAGUCGAAUGAGUUCUUGGUAGACCUGGCUGUUGCUCUCCUCGAUGGCAGACACCCACCCAGUGGCAGCUCCAACCCGAUCAACCUUGCCAAGUCCGGCAGGUAUUGUGAGCGCGAGGAGACCCCUUGGGAAAACGGAGCGGCGGGGAGGUGA